GUGUUAUAAACGCGAAUGCAGCGUGGAGCUCCACGAGCGGCGGGAGGGGAGCGCGGAGCUCCGCGAGGCGAGCGCGGAGCUCCACGAGCCGCGAGGCGAGCGCGGAGCUCCACGAGCCGAGCGCGGAGCUCCACGAGCCGAGCGUGGAGCUCCACGAGCGGCGCGAACCGAGCGCGGAGCUCCGCGAACAGCGGGAGCGGAGCGCGGAGCUCCACGAAGCGGCUCCGCGAGGCAGCGCGGAGCUCCACGAGCCGAACGCGGAGCUCCACGAGCCCAACGCGGAGCUCCACGAAGCGGCUGCGGAUGUUUUCACCUCCUGUGAGCAGCGGAAAAAAUGGACCAACUUCUUUGGCAAGUGGACAUUUUACUGCCUCAAAUGUAGAAGACAGAACGAGCUCAGGGUCCUGGGGGAACACGGGACAUCCGAGUCCGUCAAGGCCUAAUUACGGAGAUGGAACUCAUUACGAGCACGUUGCCAACAGAGAUAUCGGAUCGCACGAAAAUCUUUCUCCUCCUUUUGUCAAUUCCAGGAUACAAAGUAAAUCGGAACGUGGAUCGUAUUCGUCGUAUUCCAGAGAUUCCAACAUUCAGGAUUUGGGGUUGGAAUUGGCCAAUCCCGGAGCGCUCUCCCCCACCAAGCCGAGCUCCCAGUUCUACCAGUACGGGACCAGCGCGCGCCGGAGACCCCUGCACGGAUCCUCUGUGGAAGUUCAGACAAAGAAAAUCCGGAAAGUUCCUCCGGGACUUCCCUCGUCG